AUGCGACUCUCUGUAUCUUCUCCCGCCGUACGCGACGUUUCUCGGCUUUGUGUCCGGUGUCAACUCCGAGCUCGCCGAGCUUCAACUCUUGUACCAUUGCAUCGACCAGCUGUCUCAACGCCGCCUACACGACAUCAUUUAGCUCUCGCAGCGGCGUUUCGGGGCCCAGCUGCGAACAGAGACCAUACCCGCGGUGUAUCUAGUGCCGCGCAGCCCGAGCAAGAACCAGCCUCGUCCAGUGCAUCAUCGUCGACACACUAUGACUUGUUCCCCGAGACGCUUCCCGAUGGCCCUCCUCCAGCAGGACACUUUCCUAUCGACACUCGCGCUUUGCGCCGAGAGUUUCUCCGCCUUCAAGCUCGGGCUCAUCCGGACAUGCAUCCUGCUCAGGACAAAGCUCGUGCCGAGGCCAUGUCAGCACGCAUAAAUGAGGCUUAUAAGACGCUUUCUAACCCUCUUCUUCGAGCACAAUAUCUACUCUCUCUUCGAGGCGUCGACGUCGCCAACGAUGAGACCCUCAAGGUAGAAGAGCCAGAACUAUUAAUGCUUGUGCUUGAGGCACGCGAGGAGAUUGAGGAUGUCGAACACGAAGAGGAUCUGGACGAACCUCGUGCCGCGAACGAUGCACGGAUUGCGGAGAGCGAACAGGUGCUCGAGCGCGCGUUUCAGCAUGAUGAUAUCGAGGCUGCGAAACAUGAGGCUGUGCGUCUGCGCUAUUGGGUCAAUAUCAAGGAAAGUUUGGAUAACUGGGAGAGGGGCCGUCAUGUUGUGCUACAGCAUUAA